AUGUCGACCGAUCGCACCCGUCAACCACCAUGGCAUGCGCCUGCCGCGACUGAGGUUCCGACUUUGAAGGUGUGGAACUCAUUGACACGGUCAAAGGUGGAUUUCGUGCCGAGGGAAGGAAGGAAGGUUACUUGGUACUCCUGUGGACCUACGGUUUACGACGCAUCGCACAUGGGACACGCAAGAAAUUACGUUACGGUCGAUAUUUUGCGCCGUAUUUUGAGAGACUAUUUCGGAUACGAUAUACUGUUUGUUCAGAACGUCACCGAUAUCGAUGACAAGAUCAUUGUCAGGGCGAGACAUCUGUACCUCUUCAAGGAGUUUGUGAAGGAGAACCCGACUGUGACUCCGGAGGUCGUAGAGAAGGUGAAGGCAGCAUACUCCAAAUACGCAAUGGACAACGCAAGUGCUCCUGGAGCUGUCGAGGAGCUGGGGGCCUUCACCGCUGGAUUGGAUUUGGCGAAGGAGAAAGAGCAGAACCCUAAGUUCGCAAUGCACUUGACUGCCCUCCAGAAGGCCGCGCAUGCUAUCGCUAACGCAGGCAAGCUUCCUACAGAGGAGUGGAUGGAGUCUGUCAAGGAUGUUAUCGUCCCCGUAUUGGACGCGGAGAAGGGCUCCAGCCUUUCCGACCCCGCAAUCUUCCGCGACCUCGCCGCCUAUUGGGAACGCAGCUUCAACGACGACAUGAAGAUGCUCAACGUCCUCCCACCAACCCUCGUCACCCGCGUCUCCGAAUACGUCCCCGAAAUCGUCGAGUUCAUCCAAACCAUCAUUUCCCGCGGCUACGCCUACGAAUCUAACGGUUCCGUCUACUUCGACACCGCUGCUUUCGAGGAGAGCGGGAAGCACAGCUACGCCAAACUCGAGCCAUGGAAUAAGGGUAACAAGGAGUUGAUCAAGGAGGGUGAGGGAUCGUUGUCGAAGACGCAGGGAAAGAAAAAUAAUUCUGAUUUUGCAUUAUGGAAGGGAUCGAAGCCCGGAGAGCCUAUGUGGUCUUCUCCGUGGGGUGAGGGACGUCCGGGAUGGCAUAUCGAGUGCUCUGUCAUGGCUUCUGCGAUUUUGGGUGAGAACAUCGAUAUUCACACUGGUGGUGAAGAUCUGGCUUUCCCUCAUCACGACAAUGAGCUUGCUCAGAGUGAGGCAUACCAUGACUGCCCUCAAUGGAUCAACUACUUUUGGCACACCGGCCACCUUCACAUUGAGGGUGCAAAGAUGUCCAAGUCCUUGAAGAACUUCAUCACCAUCGGCGAAGCUUGCGAGAAGUACUCUGCACGACAGCUGCGAUUGGCGUUCUUGAUGCAGUCAUGGAACGGACGUAUGGACUUCAAGGAGGCUCUGGUGCAGCAGGUCCAGGCUUUGGAGAACUCGAUGAACAACUUCUUCACGAACGUUAAGGCUAUUGCUGCGGAUGAGAAGGCAAAGGAGGAUAGUGGUAUCACUAUUCCCCAGCGGUUUACGGCGUUGGAGAGGGCUUUGUUCAAGGACUUGGAUGCGGCGAAGAAGACUGUUCAUGCUUCCUUGUGUGACAACUUCAACACUCAGGGUGCCAUAAACGCGUUGUCCGACCUCGUUGCGAAGACGAACAUCUACAUCAACACCGCUAAGGCUGAGGUUGACGUUCCUGCUAUCUCCGAGGUCGCUAGGUGGGUGACCAGAACCCUCAGCACCUUCGGGUUGGACGCCGAGUCGUCCGAUGCUAUUGGCUGGAAGGAGGCGGACCAGGCUGCAGCGGGAGGAAACAAGGAGGAGACCGUCCUCCCCUACGUCCGUGCACUCUCUACCUUCCGUGACAACAUCCGUGCUCUGUCUAUGGCAAAGGCUGAUCCUAAGGAGAUGCUCGCCUUGUGUGACCGUCUUCGCGAUGUUGAUUUGGUCGACCUCGGCGUCAUGCUCGACGACCGUGAGACUGGUGGUGCCCUCGUCAAGUUCGUCGACCGUGAAGAACUGCUGCGCAUCCGAGAAGAGAAGGAAGCAAAAGAGCGGGAAAAGCAGGAACGCAAGGAGGCGAUGAAGAGAGAAGCCGAGCGUAAGCGUCUGGAAAAAUUGGAGAAGGGACGGACGAGGCCGGAGGAGAUGUUCAAGACCAAGGAGUACUCUGCGUGGGACGAACAGGGAUUGCCGACACUGGAUGCGGAGGGUCAGGAAAUCGCGAAGAGCAAGAAGAAGAAGUUGACGAAGGAAUUUGAGCAGCAGAAGAAGCUGCAUGAGGAAUUCCUAAAGUGGCGGGAGGAGGAGGCGAACGGAGUUAUCGCAUGA